GUGUGUAUAAUAAAAGAUAUAUAUCUUAUUUGCAUGAUUUUAACAAACCUUUCAACAAAGUAAAAAGGAGAUAUUGUGUUUGUAUGGUUCUGUUUAUAAUUGGUACAUUGUAAUAUAUAAAUGUAAUAUAUACACAUAUACUUCACGACAAAAACAUGGAAUACCUCACAAAUUCAAUGUUUUCAUCACUUAAAUGUAACAAAUAUACUUUUGAUACGUAUACAUUUUUAUUAUAAAAUACAUUAUAUUACAAACAAACAAAAAGGCUAAAAAGUUUUUUGUUAGUAUAACAAAAAAAAAAUACAAAAAACCAGUACGACAAAAUGAUGUCACAUAAACAAAAAAAUGUGAUUUAAAUACUUAAAAUAAUAUAAUAAAAUAUAUAACAAUUCUUAAUACUUUGUAUGUUCUUUUUUAUUUGCUAAAAUAGCCAAUAUACAUUUCAGAAGUACACUUCCGAAAUGUACUUUGGAACACUUCAAAUAUGAACUUCAGGAUCACUUAAAUAGUUUUUUUAAUAUAUUUUGGUUGUACUUUUAUCCAUUUUUAUUUAAUGCACAUUUUUAAAUCUGCAAAACAUUGAAAUUGUCUUCCAUCUUCAUAAACAUUUCUUGCAAGUUGUGCCCAACAAUUUUUAAUUAUGUUAAGAUCUGAUGAUCUCGUUGAUCACCUUAGAAUACUUAUCUUUUUUACUCAAAAUUUGAAGCUUCUUUUAAAAUCUCACGUUUUUCAUGAUUGUUUACUGCUUUCGGUUGAUCAAAACUCUUUUUUUUUUACUGUAUGCUUGUGGAUUUUUUAAUAAAUUAUACACUAUUUUUCCGCUUCGAUAUAUAAUGCGUGUAAUUUUUGAAACGAAAUGGUUCUCUUUAUGUAGUACCGAAACCGUUUUUAUUUCGAUGUUGGAUAAAAAUUUUUCUCUACUCACAGUAAAAUGUUAAUAAAAAAAACGACAACAAACACACACAAUAAUACAGUACACGGUCGGACGGUUUAAUAACAGCAGAAAAAGAAUCUCGAGGCUAUGUCAUCAUUUUAUCACAUUGGUGAAUCCUUUUGUUUACGUUUCAAUUUAACUCUUCCAAUAAAAACAACUUUGGAAUUCCAUCGAAAUAUAUAUAUAAGGAAAUAUCAAGAUUCAUCACAUUCAAAAAAUAGCAAUAUUUAGGAGUAUACUAUCUUUUUAUCGCGGGGUGUAUUAUAUAUUAAAAUUAAAAAAACUUAUUAAAUGCUUUAUUACAUAUCAGAAACCUUUCUUCUUUUUCUUUUUUGCGAAUCAGGAAAUCAAAAAUACACCAUUAUAUUCACUUAUAUAAUAAUCAUAUUUACACAUUUAAUAUUUAAUGUAAUAUUGUGUGCGUGUAUAUAUAUAUAUAUAUAUAGAGAGAGAGAGAGAGAGAGAGAGAGAGUUAUAUAGAAUAUGUUAAAAAGUACUAAAUGCCUUUAAAAUGUUUACAUUUUAUAUAAAUAAUUAAAUUUUAAGUACGCUACAGAUUGCUUUAAUCGAAUUCAAAAGGACGAAUGCCGCGAAAAAAUUAAAUCUAUGAUAUAGAUGGUAUAAUUAAAUAAAAUGCAUCGAUAUAUAAGAUGGAUUGUAUGUUCCAUAAUAAAAACAUAAAAUAUCAUCAUCAAUCACAUUUUAUUAAAUAAGAAAUAGAAAACGAUUACUUAACCUUUAUUUCUUUAUCUUCUAGAGUUCAAUAUAUUUACCAUGGAAUACGGAGUUACACGCAACAAACAUAUGGCGAUUAGUGCAAUAAUUGAAGAUAAAUUUCGCGGAAAAAGCAAAAGAAUGUUGACAAGCAUUUGUAUUCAUUUGUAAAAUGUCAAAACGUUGGAGCAAUGAUUAUGUGGUUACGGAGCACCGUGACUUACAGGCUAAUACUAUGGCCAUAGAUGCAACUGGGAAUUAUGUUUUACUAGCUGGUCGUAGAUAUUUUGCCAUAAAACAAUUGGAUGAAUGCAAGGAAACCUUACGAAAAUUUCAACGACAAAGUAAAUAUGAAGUAGGUUCUGCGGAAUGGAAUCCCACACCAUUAAAUUGUCACUUAUGUGCAAUAUCAAGUAAUACUCGUAUAGAAAUAUUAAGCCUUACAGUAAGUAGUGGAUAUGAGCUACAAACUAUCUAUGGUCUUAAAGCACAUACCCGUGUAGUUAAUGAUAUAAAUUGGCAUCCAAAAGAACCUGACAUUAUAGCUUCUUGUAGUAUUGAUACUUUUAUACAUAUUUGGGACAUAAGAGAUCAACGAAGACCUUGUUUAUCUUUAUCAGCAGUUGCGGGAUCUUCACAAGUACGUUGGAAUGGUUUAUCACCACAUACGUUGGCUACUACUCAUGAUGGAGAUAUUAAAAUAUGGGAUCAACGUAAAGGAAAUAGUCCUGUUCAAUAUAUAGCAGCUCAUUUAACAAAGAUACAUGGUUUAGAUUGGUGUCCAUUUAAUCAAACUCAAUUAGCAACAUCUAGUCAAGAUUGUACAGUUAAAAUUUUUGAUAUUGGCAAUCCAAAAAAAGCAGAAAAUAUCUUAACAACAAAUUCUCCUGUAUGGAGAGCACGAUAUACACCUUUUGGAGAAGGAUUAGUAACGAUAGUAGUACCACAGUUAAGACGAGGAGAGAAUAGUCUUUUAUUAUGGAAUACAUCAAAUCUUAGCGCACCUAUAUAUACUUUCGUAGGACAUACCGAUGUUGUCUUAGAAUUCCAAUGGCGACAUAAAAAAUUAGAGAACACUGACUAUGAAUUAAUUACGUGGUCAAAGGAUCAAUGCUUAAGGAUAUUUAAAAUUGAUCCUUUUUUAAAAAAGUUAUGUGGACAUGACAGUGACGAUAAUGCCUCCGUUUUUUCGCAAUAUGGAAAAGAUAAUGCAUUAAGUUCUUUGCAAUCCGUUCAACAACUUCAAAUAAAUGAUGCGCAGAAUAAUCAGGAAACAAAUUAUAUAGAAACAAAAAUUGAUGAUUCUACAUCGAGUACGGAAUUAAGUACAUUUUCUGAAAAUACAAAGGAUAUAUCAUCACCUACACAACCCAAGACAUUACAACAAGAAUUUUCCUUGAUAAACAUGAAUAUACCAAAUAUAGAGGUAAAUGCAAUGGAUGCAAAUGAACGAAGCUGUACUGUUACAGCAUGUAAUACAAAUUAUAACGUAGUACUUAAAGUAAAUUUUCCUAGAAACUAUCCAUACAAUGCACAACCUACAUUCCAAUUUUGUCCUGGAACAAGCAUUGAUAAUGCAACAAUGGCAAAGUUAUUAAAAGUUUUGAAACAGACUGCUCAACAACGCGUCAGAAAAAACCGUUCCUGUUUGGAACCAUGUCUUAGACAAUUGAUUAUAACGUUAGAACAAAUAUGUAAAAAAGAUGAAAAUGAAACCAAUCAUCUAGAUUAUUAUAUACAGGAUAAUGCAAACUUCUUAAAUUCCUCUAAUAUGUGUACUACUUAUCAAGAUGCAUAUAUACCAUUUCCUCGAACAUCCGGUGCCAAAUUUUGUUGUGUAGGUAUACUUGUAUGUUUUGGUCGUUCUUCAUAUCAAAGAAGAUCUUCAAUAAAACCUGAAAGUAUAACACCUAGAGCACUAUCUGCUUUAGGAAGUGGAAUUAAUAAUGGAGAAAAUUUUAUGAAUAUGUAUCCAAAUACUUAUGUGCCAUCUAAUGAUGGUAUAUCAAUCAGUUCUUUCUAUUUUCAAGAUCGUAAAAACAUAAGACGUAAUUUACAUGGUACAAAUAGAAUACACGACAGGCCAUGUUGUAAAAAUUAUCGUUCAUUGGUUACAAUUUACGAAGCUUCGUCUCUAUUUUUUGUUAGUAAAGAACUUGCAGAAAAAUAUAUUAUUAACAUUACAGAUAUUCCAGCUAUGUGUCAGUAUAAUGCAAAUGUUGCUGCUACAUUGGAAAGAGCUGAUUUGGUACAAGCUUGGUGUUUAGCUGCACUUGUUAUAUCACAAUCUUCUUCCAAUAAAGGACAAAACUUAUUUCAAACAUCAGAUAAUGAUCUUGCUCCAUGGGCUUUACAUCCAUUCGGACAAAAUUUAAUUCAUUCUUUAAUUCAACAUUAUGCUAAUCAAUCUGACAUACAAAUGGCUGGUAUGUUGAGCUGUGCAUUUAGUUAUCGAUCUGAAAAUGUAGAUGCUACGCAAACACGAAUAGUUAGCAAAUCUGUUAAUGUUAGUCCUGGUGGUUCCCCAUAUCAUACAAUUCAUCUAGCAGAUACAACAUUAGAAGGAUGCAAUUUUCCAAAUUUAAAACCACAUAGGUCCAAUUCAUGGUCUGAAUCUCUAGAUGAUUUAAAAAUUAUACAAGAUACAUUUGGAGAUUCUGUUAAAAAUAUUAAAGUACUUGAUGAAAAAUAUACAGCACUUUAUAAUGGAUACAAAAAAGCAUACGCGGAGGUACUACAUAGAUGGCAAUUGUUAGAUGCAAGAGCACAAGUGUUGAAGCAUGUAAGCAUAAUGCCAAUUGAUAUACAUAAAGGUGUUGAAUUCCAAAGUGAAUGUCAAAUCUGUGGUAAAGUUUGUAGAGGUCCUCAAUGCUUAAACUGUAAACGAUUAACAUUUCAAUGUGUAGUCUGUCAUAUUUCAGUUAGAGGACCAAGCAACUUCUGCAUUCUUUGUGGUCAUGGUGGACAUACUCAACACUUAGCAGCCUGGUUUGUUAAUGAAACAGUUUGCCCAGCAGGCUGUGGGUGUUGUUGUUUGCAAGAAAGUUCUAUACUAUUAAAAAUGUAAAUAAUACAAAGAAGCAAAAUUGUAUAUACCAAUGACAGAUAAUACGUGUUAUGAUAAAAUAAUAUUUUUUAAGAAAAAAGAGAGAUUUAUUAAUUACCUGUUACAAAGAGUUGUGCAAAUCUAUUAAUAUAAACAUAAUCUAUUUGUAACCUUA